AUGAUAAGAGAAAAACAACUUUUAAAGAAAAAAACAACAAGUAAUACUCUACAAAAUAAUGACCAUCCAUUACAGAAUUGUUUUUUAGUGAUUGAUUUUGAAAAAUAUGGAUUAUUUGUUGAGGGAGUUUGUAAUUGUGCAAUUAACAACAACAAUGAAUGUUGGUUAUUUGAGGAAGAUAACGGAAAUCCUUUUGGUGUUCAAUUAGCAACGGAAACAAACCAUCAAUUUUUUUAUGAAAGAAAGGUUUGGAUGAAAGGGAUAAUUGUAAUGCUAGAUCUUGCCACACAUACAUUAAAGGCAACUCAUCCCAAAAAUUAUCCAACAGGACUCGCUAUAAGUGAAAAUGAUAAUGAUAUUAUUGUGGCGUUUCAGUGUAUCAAGACAAUUUUCAAAAUGAAUGUAAUAGAAACUCCUGUAAAGACAGAAGCUAUCACAUUGUUUGAUGAAGAUAGUUAUUAUGAAAAUGGCAAUGAUGACGACAACAAAGAUGAUUUAGCAAACACUGCUUGCAUUUUUUAUGAUGUUACGGUAAAAUGGACAGCAAGAUCUGAGAAAUUAUUUGGAAACAUUUGA